AUGCUCAUGGAUCCGAUGGGCGGCAUUGUUCUCACAAACGACGGAAAUGCAAUUCUCAGGGAGAUCGAGGUAGCACAUCCAGCAGCCAAGAGCAUGAUCGAACUUGCUCGUGCCCAGGACGAGGAAGUGGGCGAUGGCACUACCUCGGUCAUCAUUCUCUCCGGAGAGCUCCUCUCAUUGUGCGGAUCUUUAUUGGAGGAGCGAAGCAUCCACCCAAUCAUGAUCAUCAAUGGCCUUCGAAGGGCUCUUUUUGAUACGCAAAAGUUUCUCACUUCGAUUGCAAAACCCAUCGAUGCCUCUGAUGACCAGCAGGUGCUUUCCGUUAUUUCCUCUUCGCUGUCGACAAAAUUUGGUGGCCGCUGGGGCGAUCUUCUCUGCAAGCUUGCUUUGAAAGCUGUGCGAAUCGUGGCCACCGAUCCGGAUUCCAUCGACAUCAAGCGUUACGUGCGCAUAGAAAAAAUCCCCGGAGAAGAGAUCGAGACAAGCCAUGUUGUGGAUGGGAUUGUGUUAAACAAAGACAUCACACAUCCAGGCAUGCGCCGUUGGAUUGAGAACCCGCGGAUAAUGUUGCUCGACUGCCCACUGGAAUACAAAAAGGGAGAGUCACAAACCAAUUUGGAGCUGAUGAAGGAGGGAGAUUGGCAGCGCGUGUUGGAAAUCGAGGAGGAGCAAAUACGCGCCCUGUGCGAAAGCAUCAUUGCCAUGAAGCCUGAUAUCGUUUUCACCGAAAAAGGCGUGUCCGGUUGGUGCCUUUGUUUAAUUUUAGAUUUGGCACAGCACUAUUUUGUCAAUGCAAACAUCACCGCCAUUAGGCGGGUGCGAAAAACAGACAAUCUGCGCAUUGCACGCGCCGUGGGAGCAACGAUUGUCAAUCGGCCUGAAGACUUGAAGGAGUCUGACAUUGGGAAAUGUAAGGAGCCGCGUGCGUGCUCCGUUCUGCUUCGCGGGGCAUCAAAGGAUGUUUUGAAUGAAAUCGAACGAGACUUGCACGAUGCACUUGCCGUCACCAAAAAUGUGAUCACAAACCCCAUGCUUGUUCCCGGAGGCGGUGCAACCGAGAUGGCACUUUCCGUGCAUCUUUCUCAAGAGAGCAGAAAGUUGGCUGCCGUUUCAACCAGCCCUUCUGGCUCGUCUUCGACGUCCCCCAGCUCGCCUUCGAUGUCGCCCAGCGCAUCGGCCUCGCAGGAUUACAUUUCAUCUCUAAUUAUGGCACCGUAUUGUGUGGCUGGAGAGGCUGUCGAAGUGAUCCCACGUACUUUGAUUUCAAACUGCGGCGGAGACGUGAUAAGGACAAUGACCUCGCUUAGAGCCAAACACGCCGAGGGCCGCCAUUCUUGGGGCAUCAAUGGCGUCACUGGAAAAUUGAUGGACAUGAGCGAGCAAGACGGUUCCUCUGGCAUUUGGGAGCCGCUUUCUGUCAAGCUGCAAACCCUAAAGACUGCAAUCGAGGUUUGA